GAGCAACAGCAGUCCCUCCUUAAACCAACAAACCAUUCAGUCAGUUCCUCCUUCACCACGGACACCGACGACACCCCGCCGAUCGACGGCGUCCGCGACUUCUGCAGAGAGUUCUCCAAAGAGUUCAAGAAGCUCGGGUACCUGGCCGGCCCCGCCAUCUUCACCUACGUAUUCCAAUACUCCCUAUGCGCCGUCUCUCAAGUCUUCGCCGGCAACGUCAGCACUCUAGCCCUAGCCGCCUUCUCCGUCGAGAACUCCGUCAUUGCCGGCUUCUCCUAUGGCAUCAUGCUCGGCAUGGGAAGCGCGCUGGACACUCUUUGCGGGCAAGCGUUUGGGGCGGGUCAAGUAAAUAUGCUGGGGAUUUACAUGCAGAGGUCGUGGGUGAUUCUUAAUACGACCGGUCUACUCUUGUCGUUUCUAUAUAUAUUUGCGGAGCCGCUGCUGAAGCUGAUCGGCCAGACGCCGGAGAUAUCGAAGACGGCUGGAAUGUUGUCCAUCUGGAUGAUCCCUCAGCUGUUAGCUUACGCCAUGAAUAUUCCGAUCACCAAGUUCUUGCAGGCGCAGAGUAAGAUCAUGGUUAUGGCGGCGGCGGCGGCGAUGGCUCUAGUGCUGCACACCUUCUUCAGCUGGCUGCUGAUUCUGAAGCUCGGGUGGGGCCUUGCCGGCGCCGCCGUGGUGCUGAACUCGUCGUGGUGGUUCAUAGUGGUGGCUCAGCUUGUUUAUAUCUUUAGUGGGAAUUGUGGGAGAGCUUGGUCUGGGUUUUCAUGGAAGGCGUUUCAGAAUCUCUGGGGCUUUGUUAAGUUGUCUGUUGCAUCAGCCGUCAUGCUCUGCUUGCAAACGUGGUACUUUAUGGCAACUAUUCUAUUUACUAGUUAUCUAAAGAAUGCACAAGUUUCGUUGGAUGCCCUGUCCAUAUGCAUGAAUAUACUGGGAUGGACUAUUAUGGUGUCGUUUGGCAUUAAUGCAGCGAUAAGCGUGAGAGUAUCAAAUGAGUUAGGAGCAGCUCACUCAAGAACAGCUAAAUUCUCAUUAGUGGUGGCUGUGAUAACUUCAUUUCUAAUUGCUGCCUUUUUAUCACUCAUUUUGAUCUUCACAAGCAAUGAUUAUCCAUCCUUAUUUUCCAAGGACGAGGAUGUCAAAAAUCUAGUUAAGCAGCUCACCCCUAUGCUAGCAACUUUCAUUAUCAUCAACGACGUUCAACCUGUUUUAUCUGGUGUUGCCGUUGGAGCGGGAUGGCAAUCUUUCGUAGGAUACGUGAACGUUGCAUGCUUUUAUCUAUUUGGGAUCCCCUUCGGCCUUUUAAUGGGAUACAAGCUCGACAUGGGUGUUAAAGGAAUUUGGUUUGGAAUGAUGUCGGGGACAGCCCUACAAAUUUGUGUUCUCUUCUGGAUGAUCUACAGGACCAAUUGGAACAAAGAGGCUUCUAAAGCUGAAGAGAGGAUAAAGAAAUGGGGAGGGCAUUUAGACUCUAAAGGGAACGAUGUAGAAAAAUGA